GCUCUCGUACAUACUCUUGUUUCUAAUACUCUAGAAUUCCUCUUCUCAUACACAAUGGCUUCCCAGCAGAACGGAGGUUCCAACAGCGCCGCCGCCAAUGGCUUCACUGUCAAGGCCGGCCUGGCCCAGAUGUUGAAGGGUGGCGUUAUCAUGGAUGUUGUCAAUGCGGAACAGGCUCGUAUUGCCGAAGACGCCGGUGCCGCUGCUGUCAUGGCCCUCGAGCGUGUCCCUGCCGAUAUCAGGGCACAGGGUGGCGUGGCACGUAUGUCCGACCCCAGCAUGAUCAAGGAGAUCCAGGAGGCCGUUACCAUUCCCGUCAUGGCUAAGGCUCGUAUUGGCCAUUUUGUUGAGUGCCAGAUCCUUGAAGCCAUUGGCGUCGACUACAUCGACGAGUCCGAAGUCCUCACCCCUGCCGACGACGUUUACCAUGUCACGAAGCACAACUUCAAGGUUCCCUUCGUCUGUGGCUGCCGCAACUUGGGUGAGGCCCUCCGCCGUAUCUCCGAGGGUGCUGCUAUGAUCCGCACCAAGGGUGAGGCCGGCACUGGAGAUGUCGUGGAAGCCGUCAAGCACAUGCGUCAGGUGAACUCAGACAUUGCCCGCGCCCGUGCCAUCCUUCAAUCUUCCCCUGACUACGAGCCCGAGCUGCGCCAACUCGCUCGCCAGCUGGAGGUCCCCUACGAGCUGCUUCGCGAGACGGCGGAGAAGGGCCGUCUGCCCGUGGUGAACUUUGCAGCCGGUGGCGUUGCCACUCCUGCCGAUGCGGCACUGAUGAUGCAGCUGGGCUGCGAUGGUGUGUUCGUCGGUUCCGGUAUCUUCAAGUCGGGCGACGCGAAGAAGCGCGCCAAGGCUAUUGUGCAGGCCGUCACUCACUUCCGCGACCCCAAGGUUUUGGCGGAGGUGAGCGAGGGCUUGGGUGAGGCCAUGGUGGGCAUCAACGUCUCUCAUUUGCCCGAGGCUGACAAGCUGGCCAAACGGGGCUGGUAAAGGGCCAAAAACCAGGUACUUGGGUUUUCUACGUGGGCGUUUGAAAAGUUAAUCAAGAAGACUUGUUGCAUUGUUUAAACUGUUGAGGCGGAUUGUCCUGUACAUUGAUUGACACGAGCCAUGAACACAUUAUCUGUGACUACAUGUGUAAUAUUGAAGAAUAUGAGUAGUAAAACAGGG